GCGCGGUCCUUUUUCCCCUCCAAGGGCAUAUCUCCAGGGGAGAGCGAAAGAAAAGAUGGGCCGAUGAAGGAAAUAGGAUACUCAGAAAAGGCUUACAUCGAAUUUAUUAAACCUCUUCCAGAGUUUUAUUUAUAUGUGGACUUUCAGCGUGCCUGCAUGCUCCAAUCCAAAAUAGUUAACCAUUUAGAAAAUCAUGGCACCAUCAGGAAGAAAAUCCACAGGGAAAACAACCAAACUAACACAGGAAGGUGCAGCUGUACAUGUCUAUAAAUUUGAAGAUGACCUAAAAAAACAUCUGAGUGGUUCUGACGAGGACAUUAGAGAAGAUGAAGCUCCAGUGAUUGAUAAACAUGGGAAGAAAAGACCAGUAACUCCUCAUGCAGGAGUUGAGGAUGAUGUUGGGGGAGAAGUGCAGAAUAUGCUGGAACGAUUUGGAGCGGACAUUAACAAAGCUCUUCUGGCUAAAAGAAAAAGAUUAGAAAUGUAUACAAAGGCUUCCCUUAAAACAAGCAACCAGAAAAUAGAAUUUGUUUGGAAAACACAACAGGAACAAAGGCAAAAGGUUAACCAUGAGUAUUCUCAGCAGUUCCUGCAUGUAUUUCAACAAUGGGAUGCUGAUAUUCAGAAAGCAGAGGAACAGGAAGAAAAGCUAGUGAAUGUAUUUCGACAACAACAGAAAGCUUUCCAGCAAGCAAGAAUAGUUCAGGGUCAAAGGCUGAAAACGAUUAAGCAGUUGUAUGAGCAGUUUAUAAAGAGUAUGGAAGACAUGGAAAAGACUCAUGAAAGUCUUUUAGCAGGGGCACAAAGUGAACUUCGCAAAGAAAUGUCCAUGUGGCAAAAGAAAAUCAUGAUGGACACACAACAGCAAGAGAUGGCAACUGUUCGCAAAUCUCUUCAGUCCAUGUUAUACUGAUGGUUCAAUGGAGAAACAACUUGUACCUAAAUAACAUGAUACAAUUAUACACAUUAGCCAUUGUGAGGAGAAAAAAGAGACUGUUUCACAUUCCAUGUUAAAAAUUACAUGUGUCUGAAUACUCUUCAUUGUUACAAGAGAAAUCCACAAGUAAUAAAAACAAUUACUGUUU